AUGGAACGGAUAUUGUAUGAUCAACUGUAUAACUAUUUAACAAAAUUUGAGCUUCUCAGUGAUUCCCAAUUUGGAAUUCGAAAAUUUCACUCUACAGCUAGUGCACUACUAGACUGUACUAAUGAUUGGUAUGUAAAUCUAGACAGAAAAAUGUUUAACCUAGUAGUUUUAAUUGAUUUGAAGAAAGCCUUUGAUACUGUUGAUCAUCAAAUUCUGCUGAACAAAUUAGAGCUCUAUGGAAUAAAAGGACAAGCUCUAACUUUGCUCAACAAAGAGAAACCAGAAGUCUCACAAACAGAAACCAGAAGUGCCAAAUAAAAAACUCAUUUUCAUCUGAGCGCUUGAUUAAAUGUGGUGUACCACAAGGCUCUAUAUUAGGGCCAUUAUUCUUUUUGUUGUACAUCAAUGAUUUGCCACAUUGUCUAAACAAAACCAAACCGCGGUUGUUUGCUGAUGACACAAAUUUGACUGCUUCAGCAAAUUCUAUGACUGACCUAGAGACUGCAUGCAGUAAAUUCUGAUUUAGAGAACCUUAGAAAAAUGGUUAAUAGCCAAUAAACUUAGCCUUAAUGUAGCUAAGACAGAGUUUAUGUUGAUUGGCUCUAAACCUAUGAUCAAAAAUAUUUCUGAUUCUUGCCCAAAUGUUUACAUUGAAAAUAUACAAAUUAAACAAGUUCAUGAAUGCAAAACUCUAGGAGCAACAAUUGACCAGCAUUUAUCUUGGAAAAGUAAUACCGAAAAUAUUUGCAAAAAAGUUACAGCAGGAAUCUCUGCUAUUCGUCGGAUCAAACCAUUUGUUGAUCAAGAUACACUUAUUUUGAUAUAUAACACUAUUGUUCGUCCGUACUUUGACUACUGCUGUGAAGUAUGGGAUGUAUUUGGCGAAACUCAAUCAAAACGACUGCAAAAACUGCAAAAUAGAGCGGCAAGAAUUAUUCUGAAUAUAAGCAAUGACGUAGAUUAUACGAUUGCGUUACGUACUUUGGGCUGGGAGCCACUCCAAACUGAAAGGAAGAAAACUAAAGCAAGAAUGAUGUAUGUUAUUAAACAAAAUGGGCCCAAAAUCACUCACAAAUCUAUUUUCGUUUAAGAGUGAGAAAACUAAUUACCACCUUCGGGAUGUCUCAAGUGGUCUUUAUUUACCAAAACCACGUACAAAUAGCAUGAAAAAUAGUUUUAUGUACGACGGAGCAAACAUUUGGAAUUCUAUACCAAAAGAAAUUAGGGAAAGCAAGUCACUUUCUUCCUUUCGAAAUAAAAUCGCUGCUCACAUUAGUGCUUGGUAACCUUUGUAAAUAUAACUUACCUGUAAAUAGCUCAAAACAUUUGUUAUAUCUUUUAAAUUUAUAUAUUACUGUAGUAGCUUAGCUUAUCCUUAUCAUAUUCUGCAUGUAAAAUAGUUUUCUGGCACACGACCCCCGUGGAAAUCAGCUACGGUUGACGGGGUCAGCGUGGAUAAAUAAAGUUCUACUACUACUACUAUUAUAGGCGCGCAUAAAGGGGAAUGGGAUAUGAGCGUUCUGGUUAGCCCAUAACUUGAUUGUUCAUUGCGAUGCACUACUUCAUGUAAACCUUCAUAUAGUGACUCGCAUAAAUUUUUUUUAUUAGCGCCUGGGGACGAGGCAGACGUCAUAGUAAGACAUUUCAGAACCACCUCAGAGAUACGAAAAACCAGUUUCAUAUUAUUCUGGCACUGCAAUAGACCAACGAAAAAUUCGUUGGCUCGGGCGGGAUUUGAACUCGCAUCUUCGGAUAUCUACAAGCGUUAGUCGUCACGAAAAUAUUUCGUGCACUUAAUUAAAUUGGUUAAGACUCGCUACGUACCAAUCCCCGUUGACUUGAUAGCUAAUUAAUGGGUAGAGAUGCGGUCUAGAUACCCGAAGAUGCGAGUUCAAAUCCCGCUCGAGCCAACGAAUUUUUCGUUGGUCUAUUGCAGUGUCAGAAAAAUAUGAAACUGGUUUUAUAGUUCAUAAUCGUCUAAAAUUUCUCUAUUAACUGCUUCUAGAAUUCCAAUUUCGUGACUGGCAUUAUUUAAUUCAUCCUCUAUAGUAUAUACCUAGGAAUAUAUAUGGUAUUCUGAGUCACAUUGAACUAAAAAGCAGUUAGCGGGUAAAAGGAGCGGCUAAUUAAAAAAGGAGCGGGCAUUGCACUUCACAUAAAUAUCUCGAAAAUUUUUAUCAAAUGUUAAAUGUCAAAUAACGAACACAACAAAAUGUACAGAUAUUUAACAAUAACAGCCUGAACAUGUCGUCUAUGCAUGCCUUUAUGCCGAUGAACCGCUACUAAAAGAAUGCUACGCGCGAUAUCUAAAUGAAUAUGCGGAACACAAAGAACAAAACGAGAUGCUACAGCGAAGAUUAGACGGCCUUGAAGAUAUUAAAUCAUGUUAUCAUGGUGAGCAUAAACUUAGAUUUAUUUUAACAUUUUAACGUAAAUAAGUAUCUCUGGCUGAUAUUUGUUGAUACGGCAUCAGUCACAUUAAGAGUCCUCACCUGUAUCGUAUUUCACAAGUCAGUGUAAAUGCGGGCAUUGUGUGAUAUAAACACAUAUACAAAAAAUACACACGAAGCUUGUUAAAUAAACGUGAUUACAAAUAGACAAACACUGUAGCUUGAAAAAAGAAUACAUACAUUCGCUCUGAACCUGUCUGUUUAUAUCUUCUUUGAUAGCGUGUCUUGUAUUUGCUCGCGAAGGUGAGGCAAGUGUGGUUUGAACUCUUUGAUGUGACUGAUGCCGUAUCAAAAUACAUCAGCCAGAGAUAUUUAUUUUACGUUAAAAUAAAUCUAUGUUUAUGCUCACCAUGAUUUAAUAUAUUCAAAGCCGUCUAAUCUUCACUGUAGCAUCUCGUUUUGUUCCUUGUGUUCCGCAUAUUUUUUUAGAUAUCGCGCGUACCAUUCUUCGUCCAAAAUUAAUAAUAAUCACCUAAAAUUUCGCUAUCAACCGCUUCUAGAGUUCCAAUUUCGUGACUGGUAUAAUUUGAUUCAUCCUCCAUAAUAUACCCAGGAAUAUAAUUGUAUUCUGAGUCAUCUGAGUCACAUUGAGAACCAUGAGUGCUGGAAAAUAUAUAUACCAAAUAUAAACGAAUGAAUAAUGCGCGUCCAAAUUAAGUCCCUUAGGCCCGGUUUAGACGCCGUGCUUUUCAUCAGCCGAACUUAAUUCAUAUUUUACUGGAGUAAAAUAGGCGUACUUCCAAUUUUGAUUUAGACAGGCGUGCUUUUCAUGAGCCGUACUUAACAAUUUGCGCUGCUUCACUUCGAAACCUGGGGCGAGUGACAUUUCAUAAUAAAGAAAAAAGGGUUUAUCACAUACAAUCUUGGUAUUUCUGAGCGUCUACAGGUUUGCGGUUAUUAAAAAUUUCGAUUGCUUUUUGAAAAGCCUUAUUACUACAAACAUAGAAUAAUGCCUGGAUAUAAUGUGUGGGAAAACGAGACUUAUAGGCUUGGGGCGAGUUUUUCCACGUUAUUCGAGUUCUCCCAAACUACUACAAGUGUUUCUAUAACUGUAUGGGUCACACAUAAUAAAUGUUUUAUAUUUAUUUCAUAAUAUAACUAAAAAAAGAUUUGUAGUAGACUCGAUAUAUUUACAAAUUCUCAUUGCGUAAUAAUGCCGACCUUUGCUCCAUCAAUUUACUGCAAGAAACCCUUUUUGCCUUUAUCAGCAAAUAUCGCUAUAAGCCUAAUUUCGCAACUUUUUUGCAAAGAGUCCAACGAAAGGUGUAUCUUUUGCUACAAAUUGACGUAUAUAAAGAAAAGAAAGGGAAAUUCUACCGCGAUAUUUGCCGAUAAAGCGGUAUUAAAUCUCUACAGAAAAAAUAGAACAAAUUACAGAAAUACAAAACAAGCCAGAAUCGGAAGUGGGAAGGUUUUUGUAUUUUGACUGUAUAAACAGUUUCUUAAUUUGCAUUAAAAUUGUUUUGUUUACGAUUGUAAGUUUAGGCGGGAAAUUUCCCAUGUAGAAACACGCUUCUCGACCAAUCAACGCACGCGUACUAUAAAUGUUCUAUUUUAUCAGAAUUUAUGCAUUUGGUACGGCUCAUGUAAAGCACGGCAGUAUAAAUCAACAUGUGCUUCAGCCGUGUAGCACGCCUGAACCAGGCGAACUUAUUAAUUUAGCCGUGCUUAAUAUUAAGUGCAGUGCUUAAUUGAUUUAGACGCCGUGCUUCUCAUGUGCUUAAUUCAUUGUAUUAAGUUCGGCACAUGAAAGCACGGCGUCUAAACCGGGCCUUAACGGCUACGUCACACCACGCUCGUCCCAAACUCUUGUUGAUACGCGACAUUUUCACGAAAAUCGCUGUUUACUCGGUGUUUAGAGCCGCAUAUCUCGCGAAUGAAGAGAGAAAACCGAAAAAUGUUAAAGAACCUAUUAACUAACGUUUUGUCCUCUACUCCAAAACAAAAAACUUUUUGUGACAUAAGCACUUUAUUGACCAAUUUAUAUUGUCUUUUGCUAGUUUACUGUCGUCAAUAGCAACACUUGCUGCCCCACCUAUUCCUGCUUCUACACCACUAGCUGUUCAUGGCCUUGUUUUACCAUUCAUUGGGAUACCUAAAGCAGAUAUUGGAUUAAUAGUGGCAAUUGACUGGUUUGUGUAAGUUUAUUCGCCAGUGAUAUUGAUUUAAUUAAUAUAUAUAUAUAUAUAUAUAUAUAUAUAUAUAUAUAUAUAUAUAUAUAUAUAUAUAUAUAUAUAUAUAUAUAUAUAUAUAUAACAAAACGAAUGAUAAAAAUGACUAAAAUCAGUUAAUAAAUAAUACUAGUUAUUGGGAUACCAAGAGCAGAUAUUGGAUUAAUAGUGGCAAUUGACUGGUUUAUGUAGUUAAGUGUAUUAUAUUGACAUAUUAAUACCAUAGUUAUCACUAUCUAUAUUGCGGAUUUCAAUCACAUCUUGUAAAGAGGUCAACUGCCAAUUAUAGCCUGUGCACGGCAUCAAUUAUCCGUGAUGUGAUUUCUUUUCUAUUCCUAACAACCCUCGCUUCUUAUUUGUUGAUAUUUAGAUCUCCACUAUUAUUUAUACGUAUAUCAAGGCCAAUCUUUCUAUGCCUACUCAGUAUAUUUUACCUGAUUUCCCUUGGCACCUUGCACCUCCCCAGUUUUGUUAUUCAGUUGCUUAGCGAAAUAAUUAAGCAGGCUGUAUGGUUUGCCUUAGCUAAUUGAGACUGGCGGCGGGGGGUGGGGGCAUCCAUUUGGUACGUACGCAAAAGAAAAUUGAAAAUUGAUCCCCCUCCCUCCAAGGACACAAUAGAAAUUAAUACGUAAUUCAAACAACUGACGCGCACAAAAUCGUUUUUUACUCCCCCUUAUAGUUGCGUAUACGUACUAUAAAUGAUUCACUCCAUGGUAUCCAAACAUUAAUCAAUUUAGGCAACUAGAAAAGAGCACAGGGAGGUUCAACUAUUGAUGUAUACUAGCUUAUAUACCAUCCUGAAAUUUGCCAAGACCGGUCGUCAGCUAUUGAAAAAAAUUUGCCUCUGCGGACGAAAGAAAGAUUUAAUAUCGAUGUAACUAUGCACAGUUAACUCAGAAACAUAGGGAAAGUAAAAGACGUGCAUCACAUGAUUAUGUUACUUUAUUAAAAAAAAUAAUAGAAACAAAACUACUGUGCCUUUAAUUCAUUGUUCACACAAAUAUAACUUUGACCAUAUUAAUUAUAUAAAGUAAAUUAAUAAUUUUAAUUAUUUGUAACAUAUUUUUAUAGAGAUCGCUUCGCCACUCCUGUCAGUAUUUGGGCGAACUGCAUAGCCUGUGUUAUUAUUGAACAUUAUUCACGUGAAGAUCUUCAGUCAUUAAAUGACGUCACUACACCACGUGAAGAAAUAUGUACUACCGUGGGUAGUGAUGCAAACAGUGAUGUCACUAUUGAUGUUGCUGAAGAAGAGGAAGUAACAACAGAAAUUAAUUAA